AUGUACCAGCCAAUUCUCUGCCGGUUGGGGCCGGUGACUGUCCAGGCUGUUCUCCGUUCCAGCACUUUCUCUCGUUUGUCACACAUCCCUUGCGACCGACCAUCUCCCUUCCAAAUACUCAGCCGUUCCCGAUCACCCGUCGGAGCUCCACCGAUCGCUACAGUACUCCAGCAUGCCAGAUCUAUUGGUACCCGCCCCCGCGUAGUAGAGCUGGGCACUACGCCUGGCCCGUCCAAACCCACUACCACUCCCCGGAAGCCAAGGCGCAUAUUCCGAAAGCUGCUGUAUCUACUAGGAGGCCUGGGCCUAGCAGGAUAUGCUACCGACCGGUUUUAUCUGGGGAGCGUAGGUAUGCGUAGCGUCAGGGCCUACGGGACCAUGGCUCUCGUCGGCCUCGACUACAAGCUGCACUUUGGAAACAAUCCCUACAUCGCCGGCGUCCCGGUCGAGGUACUGCACGAUCGUAAUGCCCGGCGCGUUUGCGACAUGCUGAAGCGCAAUGGCGGCUUGUAUCUUAAAGCUGGCCAGGCUAUAGCCAUGCAGGGCAGCGUGCUGCCCGACCGGUACCAGCGCCUGUUUUCUGAGAUGUUUGACGAUGCCACGCCCGCUCCAUGGUCCGACAUCGAGGCAGUCGUCAGAGAGGACUUUGGGCAAACCGUAGACCAAUUUUUCGGUCCUGGUGUCGAGCGCGACCCUCGUGCAGCGGCCUCCAUUGCCCAGGUCCAUUAUGCUCGCUUGUCAGACGGUCGUGAGGUCGCCAUUAAGGUGCAACGGAGGCAAAUUGCCGCCCAGGUGUCAUCAGACCUGUCGACGCUCAAGCGCAUGAUCGAAUACACGGCCGAAGCAACCUCGAUCCCCAUGGGGUCGCUCGGUGGCUUCGUCAUGAACCAUGUUAUGCAAGAGACGGAUUUCGAGCAAGAAAAGGCUAAUGCGGAGCGUCUUGCGGCUUUCAUCCAAGAAGACGCACAACUACGUGACCGCGUCCACAUUCCCAAGGUCCACCAUGAUCUGAGUUCAAAACGCGUUCUGACGACCGAAUGGAUCCACGGUCUGAACCUGUGGGAGAAAGAGGGCAUCUCAGCGCCGUAUACGCCGGGAGGUAACGGCUUAGGUCUCAAUCUGGGCGACGUCAUGGAGACUGUCAUUGAGCUCUUCUCGGCCCAGAUGUUCCGCUACGGAUUUGUGCAUUGCGACCCCCAUCCCGGUAACAUCUUUGUGCGGCGAUUGCCCUCGGGCAAGCCUGAGAUAGUUCUGCUCGACCACGGCCUCUACAUUACUCUCUCUGAAGACCUGCGACAGCAGUACGCCCAAUUCUGGAAAGGUCUCUUGACACAGGACACAGAGAGCCUGACAAAGGUGUCAAAGGCCUGGGGUAUGGAAGAUCCGGAGCCGUGGGCUGACGCGUUCACGAUGAGCUCCAAGAAGCUCGACAAAGCGCGCAGCGACGAGACGCCGGAGGAGCGCGAGGAGCGAAUGAUUGCCGAAGCUGCUGGCUAUUUUGGAACGGACGGCCUGUGGCCGCCUGAGCUUGUCUUCUUGGAGCGCAAUCUCGGUCUGGUACAAGGCAGCAACCGCUUCCUUGGAUCGCCUGUCAACCGCGUCAAGCUCAUUGGCGUCGCGGCUAUACGCUCAGUGGAUUUCGGUAGGCAAGAAACUGUGUGGAAGUCUUUCCGGGCCAGCUGGUCGCUGUUCAUGCUGGACUUGGCUUUCUACAUCAGCAGCGCCAGGCAAUACUUUGGCUACGGUGGUGGUUUUGAAGAGGAUUUGAAGGAGGAGGAGGACAGGUCGGCGCGAGAGCUGAAGGAUACUUUGGCAGUCAUGUUGGGCAUCACUGUAGACUAG